AUGGCUGAAUAUGCACAUCCUGAAUCACUCGUAAGCACCGAAUGGGUGGCGGAGCACAGCGGCGAUGACGGCGUGCGCCUCGUCGAGGUCGAUGUGGACACGAGCGCAUACGACCAAGGACACAUCGAGGGCGCAGUAGGCUGGGACUGGACCGAACAACUCCAGGACACUCUCGCGCGUGACAUCAUCUCCAAGUCGGACAUGGAGGAGCUAUUGGGCGGCUCCGGCAUCAGCAACGACACGACAGUUAUCCUGUACGGCGACAACAACAACUGGUUCGCGGCGUGGGCUUUCUGGCAGAUACGACUAUACGGACACGAGAGCGUAAGGCUGAUGGACGGCGGACGCGCCAAGUGGGAAGCUGAGGGACGCCCUCUGACGACCGAUGCGGUGUCGCACGAUUCCGUGCGGUACAUCGCUUCCGAGCCGGACAACAGCAUCCGCGCGUUCCGCGAGGAAGUGCUGAACGCCGCUUCUAGCGGAAGUUCCUUCUUCGUAGAUGUGCGCGCGCCCGAAGAGUUUCGCGGUGAACUGCUCGCGCCCGCAGCCCUGCCGCAAGAGGGCGCACAGCGUGGCGGCCAUAUCCCCGGCGCUGCGAAUGUGCCAUGGGCAACUGCGGUCGCUCCGGACGGCGCAUUCAAGUCCGCGGACGAGCUUAUUGACAUCUACGGAAGCAAGGUUGACAACUCCAAGCCAACCAUCGCGUAUUGCCGCAUCGGCGAGCGCUCGUCUCACACUUGGUUCGUGCUGACGCAGCUUCUGGGUCUGGACAAUGUUUCCAACUACGACGGCUCGUGGACCGAGUACGGCAGCAUCGUCCGCGCUCCAAUCGAGCGAUAG